CCUUCCCCGGCGCCGCCAUGGACUUGGCCUACGUCUGCGAGUGGGAGAAAAAGCCGAAAAGCGACCACUGCCCGUCCAUUCCCUUGGUGUGCGCGUGGUCCUGCCGCAACCUCAUCGCCUUCACCACGGACCUCAAAAACGAGGAGGAAAAAGAUCUCACGCACAUGGUCCAUAUCAUCGACACUGAGCAUCCGUGGGACGUCUAUUCCGUUAACUCUGGCCACGCUGAAGUCAUCACUUGUUUGGAGUGGGAUCAGUCAGGCUCCCGGCUGCUCUCGGCAGAUGCGGACGGCCACAUCAAGUGCUGGAGCAUGACCGAUCACUUGGCCAACAGCUGGGAGAACACCGUGGGCAGCAUGGUGGAGGGGGACCCGGUUGUGGCCCUGUCCUGGCUGCACAACGGCGUGAAGCUGGCUCUGCACGUGGAAAAGUCUGGAGCGUCCAACUUCGGGGAGAAGUUUUCCAGGGUCAAGUUCUCUCCGUCGCUGACGCUGUUCGGCGGGAAGCCCAUGGAGGGCUGGAUUGCCGUGACCAUCAGCGGCCUGGUGACCGUCUCUCUCCUCAAACCCAACGGGCAAGUGCUGACGUCCACGGAGAGCCUGUGCCGCCUCCGCUGCCGCGUCGCCUUGGCAGACGUCGCCUUCACUGGCGGGGGGAACAUCGUGGUGGCCACGUCGGACGGCAGCAGCACCUCCCCCGUCCAGUUCUACAAAGUCUGUGUCAGCGUGGUGAACGAGAAGUGCAAAAUAGACACCGAAAUCCUGCCUUCCCUCUUCAUGCGCUGCACCACGGACCCUGCCCGCAAGGACAAAUACCCAGCCAUCACUCACCUCAAAUUCCUCGCUCGGGACAUGUCGGAGCAGGUGAGCCUCUGCCGUCGUUUGAGGGGACAGUGA